AUGGUUUCGAUCAACCCGAGUUUAUUGCUUGUAGGACAGUCUGUCUUUCAGGAUGUAGCUACCCCACAACAAGCUUCAAUUGAGCAAUUUAACAUCAUCAAUUUCUUAGGUGGGAGUGCCCCUUAUAAACAGAGAUCGGGUUAUGGAAUCAGCACAGAUGUGCCCAACACGUGCACCAUAGAGCAAGUGCAAAUGAUUUCAAGACAUGGAGAGAGAUUUCCGUCAAAGGGUGAUGGUGCUUACUUUGACGGAGUAAUGAGUGUGUUUAAGGAGUAUGGAAGAGAGUUUAAAGGUGACUUGGAGUUCCUCAAUACAUACGAAUAUUUUGUUACUAAUCCGGAAUAUUAUGAGAAGGAGACUAGUCCGCUGAAUUCUCAGGGACCAUAUGCAGGGACCACCAACGCCAUUAGGCAUGGCACAUACUUUCGCGAAAGGUAUAACCACUUAUUCAAUGAAACAUUUCCAAUCUUCACAACAAACUCGGGCCGUUGCUAUCAAACUGCUGAGUACUUUGCAAUGGGAGCCUUUGGUGACGUUGACAAUGUCACCUAUAUUGUCAUUGAUGAGGAUGGAAAAAUGGGUGCAAAUUCUCUUACGCCUAGAUAUGGAUGUAGAAACUUGGACAACAAUGCUAACGAGCAAUUGCUCAAUCAAUAUGACAAAUCGUAUUUGCAAGAAAUACUUGACAGGUGGAAACAUGAUAACCCGGGUCUCAACUUAACCACAGGCCAAGUGUCUUCCUUAUUUCUUUGGUGCGCAUUUGAGAUAAACGUGCGUGGAUCCUCCCCAUUUUGCAAUCUCUUCACCAAUGAUGAAUUUAUCAAAAGUGGAUACAGAAAUGAUUUGGUCAAUUACUAUCAAAUUGGACAAGGAAACAACUUGAGCACCACUGUUGGCUCUCCCAUGGUGGAAGCUUCCCUUAAGCUAUUACAAGAGGACUCCAAAGUAUGGAUUAUGUUUACUCACGACACUGAUAUGGAAUUCUUUUUUUCUUCCAUGGGAUUGAUUAAUCCCGAAAAUCCUUUACCCAUCGAUCAUGUACCUUUUCCUAACACUUAUAAUGCCGCAGAACAAUUUCCUCAAGGUGGAAGAACCUACAUAGAGAAAUUGAAGUGUGGAGACAAAAGUUAUGUUAGAUUCAUAAUGAAUGACGCAGUGAUUCCCUUCCCCAGCUGCACUGAUGGUAUUGCAUUUACGUGUGCUCUAGACAAAUUUGUUGACAUUGUGAACUCAAGGUUGGAAAAUGUUUCCUACGCAAAUCAGUGUAACUCACAGGGACCAUCCAAUUUAACUUUCUUCUGGGACUACAACGAAAAAAACUAUGAUGCACCAUUGAUAGACCAGUGA